UAACAUGACACGGUUGGCUUGGCUUUACGGAGAAGUAGCAGGAAUGGGACAGUCUGCCCUCAGUGUAGACUAGUACCAGUGAGAGGGAAAGAAAAAGAAAACUAUCGACGUAAACCAGCGCGCGUGCAACACCUGCCACAGAAGUUAAUAGAAGCCCAGAAUGUGUUAGUGUCAGGGUUUUUUAUUUUCGAAGUAUUUCAGGAGACAAUGUCUUAUGGAAACAAAACACCAUCGAUCCAGCACCAAGGAAUGUGACAUCUACAAUUGUGUCGACGCUCAGUGGACUAACCUGCAUUUUAAAGAAUCCAAAGGUUUACUCUGCUGUUUUUGCUAUGGAGACCACCCAAACCCUCCUCCUCUUUUUCUUGGGUUGUUGUGUCUUCAGUUGCCAUGCCAACACUCGCUCUGCCCCGAGAGUCCAUCUGUCUUACAAAGAGCUGAUGGAGACACGGACGGCACGUCCCUUCUCCUUCUCCUUCAACACCAGCGACUACAGGAUCCUGCACAUGGACCAGGACCAAGGCCGUCUCUACCUGGGCAGCCGGGAGUACCUGGUGGCUCUGGACAUGCAGAACAUCAACAAGGAGCCUCUUAUAAUCCACUGGCCAGCCACCACCCAGAGGAAAGGAGAAUGCAAAAUGACUGGAAAGGGUGGGCAGGGAGAGUGUGCAAACUUUGUGCGUCUUAUCGAACCCUGGAACCGCACUCACUUGUAUACCUGCGGCACUGGAGCCUACAAACCCAUCUGCACCUUCAUUAACAGAGGAUGGAGAGCUGAGGAGUACCUCUUCAGACUGGUGCCAGGAUAUGUGGACUCAGGAAAAGGCAAAUGCUCAUAUGACCCUCGCCAGGCCAAUGCUGCUGCUCUUAUCAAUGGGAACCUGUAUGCAGGGGUCCAUGUUGAUUUCAUGGGCACAGACCCUGCCAUCUUCAGAACCCUGGGAGAUCGACCAGCUGUCAGGACUGAGCAAUAUGAUUCCAGAUGGCUGAAUGAACCAGUUUUUGUGAAGAUCCAGCAGAUCCCAGACAGUUCAGAGAAGAACGAUGACAAGCUCUACUUCUUCUUCAGGGAGAAGAGCCUGGAUGCAGCUGGUGGCAGCAUCCCCAGUGUGCUGUCCAGGGUGGGCCGGGUCUGCCUGAAUGAUGAUGGGGGUCAAAGGUCAUUGGUGAAUAAGUGGACCACCUUCCUGAAGGCUCGGUUGGUGUGCUCAGUGAUUGGUAGUGAUGGUGUGGAGACGUAUUUCGACGAGCUGAGGGACGUAUUCAUUCAGCCAACUCAGGACAAGCGCAAUCCUGUUGUGUAUGCUAUCUUUUCCACCGCGGGGUCAGUGUUCAAGGGCUCUGCUGUUUGUGUCUACUCUAUGUCUGACAUCCGCAACGUGUUCAAUGGCCCCUUCUCCCACAAGCAUGGCCACAACUACCAGUGGACCCCUUACACUGGCAAGAUCCCUUACCCUCGACCUGGAACGUGUCCAGGGGGAACAUUUACUCCUGGUCUUCGCUCCACCAAAGAGCUCUCUGACGACGCAGUGAACUUUGUGCGGGCCCACCCCCUCAUGUACCACUCUGUCUACCCCAUUCACAAGCGCCCCCUGGUGGUCCGCACAGGGGUGGACUACCGCUUUACAUCCAUAGUGGUCGACCUGGUGGACGCUGUGGAUGGGAGAUAUGAGGUGCUGUUCCUUGGAACAGAUCGCGGAACUGUCCAAAAAGUGAUAGUACUUCCUAAAGACACCAGCACCACAGAAGAGCUGACUUUAGAGGAAGUGGAGGUGUUCCGGCAGGUCCCAGCUGCUAUCAAAACUAUGAAGAUAUCAUCCAAAAGGCAACAGCUGUAUGUGUCAUCAGAGAAGGGUCUUACCCAGGUGUCCCUGCACAGAUGUGAGGUCUAUGGGAAAGCCUGUUCUGACUGUUGUCUGGCCAGGGACCCCUACUGUGCCUGGGAUGGGGAGACCUGUGCCCCCUUUACUCCCUCCACCAAGAGGCGGAGCAGAAGACAAGACAUCAAACAUGGAGAUCCCUUGAGACAGUGUCGAGGGUUCAAUGCAAAAGUAGAGAAGCGUCUGAGUGAAACAGUGCAGUUUGGGGUGGAAGGGAGCAGCACGUUCCUCGAGUGCCAACCCAGAUCUCCACAAGCUACAGUCAAAUGGCUCUACCAGAAAGAUGGCAGAAGGAAAUUGCUGAACCGAGAUCGUGAAGUGCUGAAAACAGGCCACGGGAUUCUGCUGAAGUCUCUAAGUCACGCGGACAGUGGGCUGUACCACUGCCUGGCCACAGAAAACAACUUUAAACACACCGUGGCCCGAGUGGCGCUCCGCAUCCUGGACAGGGAGAUAGUAGAGGCCCUCACUUCCCCUGAUGCUCCCCCUUUCGAGGAAUCACCAAAUCCUCACCAGCAUCGGCACCAUCCCCCUCCUCCCCCACCCCCCCCCUCACAUACUCCCCCCACAGUUCUGUCCCAGCCAGAGAUCCGCCUCAUCAACCAGUACUGCCAGUCUUAUUGGCUGCAGCUCAAUCCCAAACUUCCCACCAAGCGCACCAGCCGCAGGCACGCUGAGGGUCAUUCUGAGCACGAGACUCCCGGUGGGGCCUAGACCACCUUCUCAGAGCUCGUCACUUGUCUGUCACUACUGUUAUUUCCCUCAGUCUGAAUUAGAUUCGUCUCUUCCUAACUUUCCUUACCUCACCUGGGUACCAGCAAAAAUUUAACGUUUCUGAAGCAGAUCCAUUUCUAGUUUUUGGAGGUGCACACAUUGAUUGGGUAAAGCUUUUGAGCCAAUGGAGGAAAGAGUUUGGCCGGAGGUGUUCAGCUAAAGAGACAAAAGUCUAUAGAAUCAGGGCUGGCUCUUCCUAUUUUCUUCUUAAUUCUCAGUACAUAAAAUAAUUACAUCAACUAUUUCUACAUCAACUAGCUCUUUCUUGUAAGUCGCUUUGUAUAAAAGCGUCUGCUAAAUGACUAAAUGUAAAUGUAAAAUAUUUCUCAAUAUUGUUCCUCAACCACAUGAUUAGUUGUAUAUGAAAAGGCUGUAGAGUGACUGUGUUUCACCCUAUGGUCAAACAGUUUGUUCAAAUGCAUCCUUGCAGUGCAGGUAAAAUGUUUUACAUUUAUUAUAUUAGUGUGGCUACUGUUGAGUUGGGCCUUGUAUAAAAAGAGAUAGUACACCCAAACUCUAGUACACUUUCUCUAACAGACAAGCUACUGUCUAUUGGACCACUGCCUGUUUUUUGUAAUAAUAACAUUGUCACUCUGUGUAGGAUGUUCUAAGUUUACAUGAUCAAGUCCUACAUGGUAGUUACAGGGUGUGGAGAUACUGUAUCACAACCAAUAAUGUGCCAGUUGCAAGCACACACUUUUUAUUGAAACGAUCACAAAGCUUACCUAAAAAAAAAACAUGAACAAUGUGCAGUGUAUCGUUGUGAAGCAGUUCUACAAGCGUGUUUUUACAAAAUACAUUUUAAAGAUUAUAAUGAAACUAUUGGGUUUUUGCUUAAUUCACAUAAUUUCAAUAGCAUGCCACAGAAAAUAUUGAUAUUUUAAGAAACUCCUAAUUAAUUUGACCAAAUAUGUUUGUAGGAGCCGACCAAAAGAGUCUUUGCUUCUUUUUAUUUGUUGAGUUGCCACAGAAAGUGCUGAUGUCAAUCUUCACAGCACUUCACCAGUAUUUUCACCACAGACACAUUUUCGGACCAAAGUCUGUACCAUUCUUCAGCCAAGAUAAUAUUGAUUUUAAAGUGAAGUAAAAUGUUAAUACAGAAUGCUUGGUUUGAAUCACUUUGAAACAAUAACCCAUUUGCUUUUACUAUUGCUGCAAGGAGAAAAAAACUGGAAGAUUUUACUAUAAUCAUUUUCUCUGUUGUUGAUUUUAAUUGCAAUGCAUGUUUCUAUUUCUGUGGGAUCUAAAGAACAGCCCAGACACUGAGAAUUUGAGUAUUUUACCCACAAGACUAUAGUAUAGACUAUUGUUUGACAUGUGGACUGAAUGGUAAAAUGUUUUGCCCUUCAGUGUAGGUCUACUUCCUUAUGUUACUGUACACUAUAACACCUGAUAAGCUAAAUGUUUUGAUCAAAUGAGUUGCCUAGAACCAUUCGAGUUGGAAGAACUGGAAAAACUACACCUCAUCCAGUUCUUCAACUCAAAUGGCCCUAGGCAACUCAUUUGAUCAAAACAUUUAUUGAAGAUUAAAGUUGAGAUUAAAUAUACCAGGUUUCACAGUGUAUGUCCUAGCUUUUUGCGUCUUACAAGCGCAAUCAUAUCAACCUAGACUUCCAUAAUGAUUAUCAAUAUACUCACAGACACUCAUAAGCGGUCAUGUUUGUCUAACUAACAAUAUUCCCACUUUGUGUCCUGUACUCCUGUCAGUCACAAUGUACAAAAUGUAUUAACGAUGAACUUUUUCCUGAACCCAGUGCUCUCUCUCACCCACUCCAUGAAACAUAUUUAUUUUGAGUCUGUACAUAUUCCUGUAAGUUAUGCACUUUGGUGGUGGGAGUGUGAGGGCCGGGCUAUGAUAGGGGAGACAACGUUAUUGUGUGUGUUGAUUAACAGGACCAGUAUUCAUACAGUAAAAAAGGGCAACUUAAUAUUACUCUUCUAAACAUUAGGAAGUGAUACUGUGGUGUGAUAUGGAAGCAAGCUGACAGAAUACAAUGAACCUAAACAAACCUGAAAUAAUUUACUUCCUGCAUUUUCACACAGGAUAUUCCGAUUUGGCUAUAUGGUAUUAAAGAUACAUAUAGUUUCUUGCAUAGCUGUAGGGUUCGACGAAUCUACCUCUGGGCUGCUUCUGUGGAACAUCAUGUAUACCUGUAUAUAUCUAUACAAAAUAACUCCAGAAAGCAAUCAAUGGCUUGGUACCAUUUUCCCUGGUUUGUGAAAUGAUCUAAGACCGAGAUGAGUGCUUAAAAUUAAGAGAAGGGUUAGACCACCUCCAUUUUGGUCUUUCAGAUGCCGCCUUUUUAUCUGUAUAUUGUAGAGUAUACAUCACUAGCCACCCAGUGAGUGGCUUAUAUUUAAACAAAGAUGGUGGACUCCAGACGAAUGGCAUCAUGGAUUUAAGCACAAUUCACAACCAUUUUUGCAGGGAAUACUGUGUAUUGAGCUUUUGUUUGUCUCACUCUUUGGGAUUCUGUGUUUGUUGUUGAGAUACUAUAUUGAACUACAUUGGUGUUUAUUUACUGAUCAUGUGUAGACUAGAUGUGUUUGUGAUAGCUUAAAUUGUCAGGAUUGUUGUAAUAAAUAUUAUUUUAUUAUUAUUUACCUAUUUAAAUGUUUUGUUAUGUAUUACCUUUUUUGUCAUUUCUAAGAUAUUAUUCUUAUGAUGAUCCUUACUUUGGUAGUCUUGAUGCCCCAGACAUAGAACAUGGUGAGGCAUAAAAACAGUAUGGCAGUCGCAAAAUGGACAGUCACUAGGACAACUUUGACCAUGAAAAUGUAAUUUUGAUGACACUUCUGAUCCAGUAUAA